ACCUGUCAGGUCCGCCUCCUACUCGCAUACCUACACCGCGAGACAAAAUGUCGGAAGUAGGCCUAUCUAGUUAAGAAAAAAAACAAUACAUGGUUGCGGUUCUACAAGGUUUCGAAUGGCUUUUAGGCAGAUCGUGAAUUCAUUAAUAUAUAUAGUUUUUAAAUUGAGGCUUUUAAAUUGAAACUAAAAUAUAUUCACUUCGGAUCGAAAAAUGUUCCUGACUUUCGUCGUGACCGUCCUUAUGGCAACAGGCUCCACUAUGGCCAUCUCUGUCCAGUGUCCUGUCAAGAGGUAUGUGGUCAUCCUGUUCCAGCCGGUCACGCUCACCUGCAACUUCCAGACGUCUUCCACGCAGCCGCCCGUCAUCACCUGGAGGUACAAGUCCUACUGCAGGGACCCCAUCCAGGCAGCCCUGAACCCCAGCAGUGCUGACAACAUCCUGUCCCAGAACAACCCUAACUACAACGCCAACAUUGAGUGUGCCGACAACUUGCGGACGGUGCGCAUCGUGGCCUCCAAGCAGGGCAGUGCUGUUACUCUGGGCCUGGAGUACCAGGGGCGCAAAGUCAGCAUCUUGAACAACGCAGACCUGAACCUUGCCCAGACGGCGUGGGGAGACAGCGGCGUGUACGUGUGCUCUGUGGUGUCUUCUCAGGAUCUGACAGGAAACAGCGAGGACUACACAGAGCUCAUAGUGCUGGAGAGAAAGUCAAAUACCACUGAUCUCCUGCCUGAGAUUGACUUACUGGUUAUGGAAGACUGGUUGUUGGUGGUACUGGUAGUGUUUGGCUUCCUGCUGCUGUUGCUCCUCAUAGCGAUCUGCUGGUGCCAGUGCUGCCCCCACACCUGCUGCUGCUACAUCAGCUGCCCCUGCUGCCCUGAGAAAUGCUGCUGCCCACGGGCACUGUACGAAGCAGGCAAGGCGGUGAAGUCGGGCAUCCCCAGCCACUACGCCCCCACGCUCUAUGCUCCCAGCAUGUACCCCCAGCCACCCUACGGAGGGGGCAUGCAACAGCCCGGCAUACCCAUGCUGCCCCUGCCCCAGGGAAUGGGCGGCCCCCCACUGCACCCCAACGGCUACGGACGGGAGUACGACAGAGCCAGCUCAGUUGGACAAGGCUCCGAGGUGCCUUUGCUGCAUGACCAGGACAGUGGCGCAGGAGACCAAACUCGGAGUGGCUACCGUAUCCAGGUGGACCCAGAUGGGAACGCAACGCGGGCCAUCUACUACAUGGAGAGACAGCUAGCCAACCUGGACCCCACACGGUCUGGUGAUGCCGGUGGGAAGUACAACCGCUUGGAUGGGGGGAUGAGCGAGGUGAGUUCCCUACACGAUGACCCCCGGGGCCGUGGCGGCGGCCGCUCCCAGGCCCCACCCCUCGCCACCGUGUACGACCAGGAUGAGGCCAUGAGCACCAUCAGCAGCGUGUCCGCGCACGGCCAGCGGGGGCGUGACGACUACCCGCGGCGAGGAGGUGGGCCCUCCCCCCACAUGGGGGCCCAGGGACGCGCUCGCUCCAUGGACAAUCUGGAUGACAUCGCCCGCCGAGACCGCUACCCCAGAGACCCCCGGGAUCCCCACGAUGACUACCCUCCCCAACGCCGUGACGGAGGAGGAGGAGCCAGAGAUCGCAGAGGCUCGGAUGAUGGCUUCAGCAGCCGCGGAGGCUACGACCGCGGCCGUGACUUUGACGACCGCAGACGGCGCGAGCCCUCCCCUGACGACCGUCGCCGCAGAGGCAGCCCGGUCAGCGGUCUCCAGGGGAGACGUAGCCGUGACGACCUGAUGGCCAUCGAACGUGAUCGGGAGCGUGGUGGCGGCCGUGGCGGUGGGCGGGACGCCUACGAUGAUAGCUUUCUGUGGGAAGCCAUGGAGAAGAAGCGCCUAGGCGAGCAGCAGAGGGCUAGGAGCCGCGAGCGCCUGGACAGCGACAGCGAGCGCUCGGACCGAGGCAGGGCCCCCCGCGGACCCCCUCCACUCCCCAUGUCCCCGCCCUCCGCCUACCCCGUCCGUCGCUACGAUGACAACUACCCAGCCCCUCCCCCGCCCCCCUACAUUAGUGAUGACGAGAGCUUGACGUCCUGCAAGAAGAGCAACCUGCGCAAGAAUGGAGCCGUGAGUCGGGAGAGUCUGGUGGUGUGAGACGUUCAGUAUCCCCCAACGUAACUGAUCUGUCCCGUAACACAAUUACCAAUUGUAAAUAGUACUAAUGUUGCAAACUUGCUACCGUGAUUUUAUAUUCGAUGCCUAAACUAAGAUAUCAAAAUUUGACGGUGGAAAUAUAUGUACAAGUGACCUUAUUGGGGUAAUUUAGUAAUUGAUUGCUUCAUAUUUACUGAAAACAUUGUCAGCCUUAUGUCCUCUCAAUUCAUUUUAAUGUACAGAAUAGCUCUAACUGAAGUGCUAAGUGUAGUGUGUGGUUGAACAUACCGAGGGCUUAAUUAAAGUAGACUACGCUGGAAUGGCAGUAGCCAAAGUAAACCAAAAAGGGUUUUUCAUUCACUCUUUUUAACCAUUCAUUUUCACCUUACAGUCAUCUUACAGUCAAUGUGAGUAUGAAUGUGAGCAACCCGGAGCUUUAAGUUUCUAAAGCAAGUAUUCAUUUGAACUUUUAGUUACUUACUGUGAGAAGUCAUGGAUUUAUUUUAUUGAAAAUUAGAUCAUGCUGUACAUUUGAAAUGGAAUAGAUUUUAUUAGGGCGGGAGGUAGCCUAGCGGUUAAGAGAGUUCUUCACUUAGUCGCUGUGCCGACUAAGUGAAAAAUCUGCUAAUGUACCCUUGAGCAAGGCACUUUACCUUAAUUGCUCUGUAUAAGAGCGUCUACUAAAUGACUAAAAUCGAAUAAUAGCCAUGUUAUUUUUAUAUUGCGUUUAUCAUCGUAUUUAGAGUAUUGGAUUAGUUUUAACUGUCUGUCCAACAUGUAUUUGUCAUGAAUAAUGUCAGCCAUAGGCAGAUUAUAUAUAUUUUUUUACAUUGCUAUGAAAAAUGAACUUGCUGCAUUGUUGUACAGUCUACUUGUCAUACCCACUGUCCGUGCUGUGUUUACUGUGAUUUACAACAGGCGUCAUUUUACAAUAAAUAUUUUUCAAAAUGC